ACAACGCAUAUUAGCAAAUUUUUAGAUGGUAAUAUCUUUUAUCCUCAUCUUAUUGAGAACUUGUAUUUGAUCAGAAUUCAAAGUUUCCUUCCUUGAAUCGAUCCUAAUUGACACAUAUAUGCUCAAAUUAAAAGUCUUUUUACCCAAAUAUAACACAACUUGUACUCAAAUUCUCAAAUCAUAUGUUGAAUUCCUAAACCUAAAUGUAUCUUAAGGUAAAAAAAUUAGACAUGCCAAAUAACGAUUCUAAACCCAAAUAAUUCGAACGAGAGCCGAAGCCAAUACCUAAAUUUGGUCUUAAACGAAAUUGGCCCAAGUUAAACCUACUUGAUUAAAAGCAAAUACACCAUAGCUCCCGAAUUGAUUGUUUCCCGCAAAACAAAAAAAAAACCCAUGAUUUUCAAUUGUUUCGACUUGAAUGUAACGAUUUGGAUUACCCAUGUCCAAACCAAAUAUCCCCUUACCUAUUUUCGAUUACUCAACUCAAAUUACCCAACCCAAGACCCAGUUUGAAUUCGAAACAACAACUCGAAAUAUGAAAUAACUUGAACCACAUUUAUCUUACACGGUUACACCCCUCACAUUUUACACAGUCUCUCUUAUUUUUUUCUUACCCCCAUUCAACUUUUUCAAUUUUUCCUUGAACUACAAUAUAACGUCGUUUAUCGUAUAAUCAAUAUACGAGCAAUUGCAAUGAUAUAAAAAUAUCUUGAUUAAAUUUAAAAGAUGUGUCAAAAAGUGACUCAACCGACUCAAUUCAAUUUGACUCGAAAAAACCCCAAUUCAUAUUUCAUCUUGUAUGGACACAUACAAUAAUUUAGUAUGACUCAACUUUGAAAUAAACUCGACUCGACCUCAUCGAAUCCCGACCCAAGUAUUCAAAUUAACGAUCUUAUUAAAAAAAAAAAAAAAAAAAGGAUACGUAGAUGGUGACGUUUGUUGCUUAGCAUCCAAAUGAUCUACUACUGUGUUCUAAUAACCACUAAAACCAUGCUUAGGGAAGGAGGUUCACAUUUUACAUUUACAGCGUAUUGUCAAAUACAAGUACAACCCAACAAUAUUCUGAGACUACCCGAUCAUUAUUCAUUAGCUUGGCUUUGCGUCUCUCUCUCCUCUUCUUUGGCGAAGUUGAUUCAGCAAUCUUGAAUUUGUUGGCGGAUUUACCAUCCUAAUCAUCAUCACCCAGGAUUCCUGGGAAUUCGCACAUUUGCUGCCGGGAAGAUUAGUUCCUAGAUGAAAUAUAAUAGCAUCUUGGAAAACUAAGACGGGGCUUUGAAAGAAAAGCCAAGUUGAUAUGUAUUGAUGCAGACACCUGUUAUGAAGUUCUGCAGAUUUAUCAAGGGAGCAUUUAGUGAAAGGUGAUGGAGAAGCCAGAAAAUUCUAAUAAAGGUGUUCCCAGUGGUGGUGCAAGGGCAGGUGCCUUUGGGCAUGCAUUUGGCUAUUCAGGUGUAAAGAAGAGAGGUCAUGGAAGUCGUUCAUGGAUAAAGAUUGAGCAGAAUGGGAAUGCAAAAGUUAUGGAGCUUGAUAAGUCCACUAUUAUGAAAAAUUGUUCCUUGCCUUCUAGGGAUCUUCGCCUUUUGGACCCUUUGUUUAUCUAUCCUUCUGCCAUAUUGGGCAGAGAGAAGGCUAUUGUCGUCAACUUAGAGCAGAUUAGAUGCGUAAUCACUGCUGACGAGGCUUUUGUGAUGAACUCUUUGGAUGGCUCUGUCAUGCAGUAUAAGACAGAGUUGUGCAAUCGACUUCAAGCAACCAGAGAUCAUGCUGAUGAAUUGCCAUUUGAAUUUAAAGCACUUGAAUUGGCUUUGGAAUUAACAUGCACGUCCCUAGAUGCCCAGGCAAAAGAAUUGACUUCAGAGAUACGUCCAGUGCUUGACGAGUUGACAUCAUCUAUUAGCACUUUGAACCUGGAACGUGUUCGGAGAUUCAAAGGCAACCUCCUUAGUCUGACUCAGCGAGUUCAAAAGGUGCGCGAUGAAAUUGAGCAUCUCAUGGAUGAUGAUGGCGAUAUGGCAGAAAUGUACCUGACAGAGAAGAAGGAGAAAAUGGAGGGUUAUAUGUCCAAUGAUUCAGACAUAGAUAACAUUCCUUCAGUUGUGGUGAAUUCCGACGUAGAUAAUAUCCCUUCAGUUGGUUUAGAUUCAGUGAAAUGGUUAUCAAAAUCUGCACCAGUUUCACCUGUUGCUCCUGUUUCUCCUGAGGCUGUUACAAUUGGAUCUCAUAAGUUGCAGAGGGCUUUUAGCAGUAUCACCAGAUCAAGCCAGCAUGAAACUCUAACAACUUCAUCCAGUCAGAAGGAAGACAUUGUUCAACUUGAGAUGUUGCUUGAAGCAUAUUUUGUUUUUAUUGACCACACUCUUAGCAAAUUAUCGUCACUUAAAGAGUACAUUGAUGAUACGGAGGACUUGAUCAAUAUCAAACUGGGCACUGUUCAGAAUCAGCUGAUACAAUUUGAAUUGUUGCUGACGGCAGCAACAUUUGUUGUUACCUGUUUUGCUGUUGUCACUGGUGUCUUCGGGAUGAAUUUCGAGACCUCGGUGUUUGAUAAUCCAUUUACAUUCAAUUGGGUUCUGGUCAUUAGCUGUAUUGGCUGUGGGAUCUUAUACUCUUGUUUUUUGAUUUAUUUCAAAGGGAAAAAAUUAGUCCCUGUUUAGCUGUUUAGUUAUGCCUUUGCAUAUAUUGUAAACUAGAAAUUUUUUGGCCAUUAAUUAAAUUCAAAUUUUAUUAA